GUACAGCUUGGCAAUUCCCCUAUUUACAAGUUAGAGAGAAAGCUGGGAAAAGGGGGUUUUGGGCAAGUUUAUGUCGGAAGAAGGGUGACAGGUGGCUCAGGGUGCACUGGCUCGGAUGCUGUUGAGGUUGCUUUGAAACUUGAGCAUCGAAAGAGUAAAGGAUGCAGUUAUGGUCCUCCUUCUGAGUGGCAAGUUUACAGCACUCUUAAUGGUUGUUAUGGAAUUCCUUUGGUCCAUUACAAAGGUCGCCAAGGAGACUAUUAUAUCCUUGUUAUGGAUAAGCUCGGACCAAGUUUAUGGGAUGUUUGGAACUCUAAUAAGGAAAUGUUGUCUGAAGAGAUGGUUUCUUGUAUAGCGGUAGAGGCAAUAUCAAUCCUACAGCAGCUUCACUUUAAGGGUUUUGUGCAUGGAGAUGUAAAGCCAGAAAACUUUUUGCUUGGUCAGCCCGGAACUCCUGAUGCAAACAAGUUGUACUUGAUUGAUCUUGGUUUGGCUUCAAGAUGGAAGGAUUCAUCUUCCGGUCGUCAUGUUGAUUAUGACCAAAAGCCUGAUGUUUUCAGGGGGACAGUACGUUAUGCGAGCGUACAUGCUCAUUUGGGUAGGACAGGAAGCAGAAGAGAUGACCUUGAAUCCCUAGCUUAUACUUUAACAUUCCUCCUUAGAGGGAAGCUUCCAUGGCAAGGUUUCGUUGGUGAGAACAAAGGAUUCCUUGUUUGUAAAAAGAAGAUGGGUACUCCUCCUGAAAUGCUUUGUUCCUUAUGUCCUCCCCCUUUUCAACAAUUUCUUGAGAUGGUGACCAAUAUGAAAUUUGAUGAAGAACCCAAUUACUCGAAGCUUAUUUCACUUUUUCAUGACAGCAUAAAUUCCAAUGCGUCACUACGACCCAUCAGAAUAGAUGGAGCCUUGAAGGUGGGUCAGAAAAGGGGGAGAUUGCUUGUGGAUUUGGAAGAUGGUGCGCAGCCUCGCAAAAAAGUUCGAUUAGGUGCUCCAGCUACUCAGUGGAUCUCAAUCUAUAGUUCUAGGUCACCGAUGAAACAGAGAUAUCACUACAAUGUAAUGGAUUCUAGACUCCACCAGCAUGCAGAGAAAGGAAAGGAAGAUGGUUUGUACAUUAGCUGUGUAGCUUCUUCAGGAAAUCUGUGGGCAGUUAUUAUGGAUGCAGGGACAGGUUUUACAUCCCAAGUCUAUGAACUCUCACCCGUUUUCUUGCACAAGGAGUGGAUUUUGGAGCAGUGGGACAAGAACUAUUACAUCACUUCACUUGCUGGCGCAUCCAAUGGCAGUGCCUUGGUGGUUAUGUCCAAGGGGACAACUUAUACUCAGCAGUCAUACAAAGUUAGUGAUGUAUUUCCUUUCAAAUGGAUCAAUAAGAAGUGGAAAGAAGGCUUCUCUGUUACCUCUAUGUCCACUGCCGGUAGCAGAUGGGGCAUUGUAAUGUCCCGAAAUGCUGGUUAUUCUAAUCAGGUUGUCGAACUUGAUUUCCUUUAUCCAAGUGAAGGAAUUCAUAGAAGGUGGGAAAAUGGAUAUCGAAUUACAUCAACUGCUGCAACAGCAGAUCAAGCUGCAUUUGUACUGAGUACAUUCAAGAGGAGAUUACAAGAUGUGACACAAGAAACUUUGCGCACAUCAGUCUUUCCCAGCACCCAUGUUAAGGAAAAAUGGUCAAAGAAUUUAUAUAUUGCAUCCAUCUGCUAUGGGAGAACAGCAUCUUGAAGUCCGAGAAAUGAAAAGAAGAAACUCAACUAAGUGUGGUUGGCUGUUUUUCUGGAGAAAACCCAUCACCAUCAUUCGAGAGGAAGUGUAGAAAACUGGAAUACAUGUAGAGAGAACUUUUGCUUACAGAAAUGUGUAGUUUGCUUAAAAUGAGAACCCAUAGAGGAGCUGGCCAAUUUACCAACAUUUUCUGAGUGAGUGCUACAAGGAAAUUCCACCCCAAGAUAAAUGUUAUGUUGUCUUUUAUAGCCACCACAGAAUUGUAUCACCAUCAUCAAUUGUCUUUAAAUUUUUUUUAAUUGUCUGAGUGAAAUACCGGGGGGAAGAAAAAAAAAAGCUGUUCGAGAUCAUGGUCUGGGAUUUUUUGCAACCGAUAAUGAAUUUUUUUUUGUGAGCGAUAAUGAAAAUUUGUGUUAAAUCUUUUGAAACAGUUUUGAUAUGAAUGAAGCUAUGUGACCAUGUUUUCUGUUGUGUAA